GGAACAGCAUUCUAUGCAGCUGGAUACCAUUCUGGGAAUCCUAAACAGCAGUGGAGCAAUGAACGUACCCAACGACGAAAUACUUGAAGAACCUUUUGACAACGUGGAUGACUUUCUGGUGUUUGACAAAAAAUUGAAGACAUGCAAAGCGACAAAGGAAAGCCUUGUCAAUCAGCUGGCAGCAGUUGGAGGUUCGUCGGUGGGCAACAACACUCGUGGCGUGCUAGAACAGUUGAUGACCCAGAAGGUGGCGGUGAAAUUCAGCUGGCUGGGUCAAAGGGAGAAGAUGAAGUUUAAAGACCUCGAGUACCCGGAUGUCAUCUACAGAGCCGUAAAGAAAAACAAGCGGUUGGAAACGGACAAGGCAGAAGUUUGGGAGGUUAUAAAAACAUGGCUGAAGCAUGCCGCAGAAAAACUGAAGAAGGAGCAGCGGAAGCUGCAGCCUGAUGAAUAAUAAGAUUAUUUGUUGCAUACAGUGGAAAACUUCUAGUCAAACUUUUAAUCCUGUAAUGCCCAGAGUGAUACUGAGCGUCGUUGGUUGUUUGUAACUUACGCUGUGGAAAGUAGACAUAUCUCAAUUUCUUUUUCAACUACAAAAGAUACUGGCUGUAUCAGAUGUUAUACAUUGGGCAAUUAAUAAACUAUAUCUAUGAACAACAC